GAAACUUAAAACCCGUGCUUGCUUAAAACAUGUGGUGUGCACCACCAGUGUGCACUUUCUAGUGAUUUUCACGCUGCAAGAAGCAAGAAAUUAGCCGCUAUAUAUAUAUAUAUAUGAUCGACUUUGUUGAUAAGUAAAUUCGUAAAUGCAUUCAUUUGGAACAGCAAUAAAUAAAUAGUUCACUUUUCAAUGAUAUUGCAUACUUUUGUAGUUAUUUCCUCACAACUUCAACAGAAAUCAAGCAAUGCCUAGGAGAAUUUUGAAAAUCAGGACUCUGCAAUUUUUCGUACGAAGAUUUUACAAGAAAACUGCUGUUCGUGUAAGAUUUGCUCCAAGCCCGACAGGAUAUUUACAUUUAGGUGGCUUAAGAACAGCCCUCUAUAAUUAUCUAUUUGCACGUGCCAAUGAUGGUAGUUUUAUUCUGCGCAUUGAGGAUACAGAUCAAACUAGAAUCGAACCAGGAGCUAUGGAAAAGCUUCAAGAAGAUUUAUUCUGGGCCGGAAUCAUACCGGACGAAGAUCCUUUGAGAGGAGGUCCUGCGGGUCCGUACAUCCAAUCAAAGCGUUUAGAAAUUUAUAAAGAACAGGUAGAAAAACUGUUGGUAAACGGUUCUGCUUAUUACUGCUUUUGUACAGAACGUCGCCUGCAAAUGUUGAAAAAGGACGCUAUAAAAAAUGGACAGAUUCCAAAGUACGACAAUCGCUGUAGGCACCUGAGCAAAGAAGAGACAAAGUCAAAGUUGGCUAACACAGGCAAUUAUUGCAUAAGAUUCAAGUUAUCUUCAGAAGCACAACCUUUUCAUGAUUUGAUAUAUGGUGAAAUUAGUUCAACAGCGACGCAGCAAGAAGGAGAUCCGGUGAUAAUGAAAGCAGACGAAUAUCCAACUUAUCAUUUUGCCAAUGUGGUAGAUGAUCACUUUAUGGAAAUCUCCCAUGUUUUGAGAGGUGUGGAAUGGCAAAUUUCAACCCCAAAACAUAUACAAAUCUACGAAGCGUUUGGUUGGGAACCACCCCAAUUUGCUCACUUGCCUUUGAUAUUAAACGCAGAUGGUUCGAAAUUGUCCAAACGUCAAGGGGACAUUCGCGUCGAUUCUUAUCGGAAACAAGGCAUUUUCCCAUCUGCUUUGCUCAAUUUUAUAACUCACGCUGGUGGUGGAUUCAAAAGAGACCGUGGUGAAAGUCGGUGUUACAGUUACGAGGAACUAAUUAAACAGUUUGAUCUCAAUCGAAUAAACACAAACUCAACGAAACUCGCGCCGGAGAAACUUUUGGAAUUUAAUAAACUCGAACUUGGUCAAUUGUUGGAAAAUGAAAGGAACUACAAGUUUUUGGUGGAUCGUGUCACUAGAUUAGUAUUGGAAAAAUUCCCAAUUGGUUCGAACGACCUGAGUUUACAGUUGGACGAAGCUCAUAUAAUUAGUACGUUGAAAUGGGCCCGAAAUCGUAUCAACAAAUUGGAUGAUUUGGUGACGCGUGACUUGGCAUUUUUAUGGACGGUUCCAACGAAUUUGCCGAUUAAACAAGAUCCACAAUGUCUAGAUACUGUAAAACUGGUCUGCGAAAAGUUGGAUGAAGUGGAAAUCUUCGAGAAAGAGUACCUGUCUAAUUUUCUUCGAGAAAUUGCAAAAAAGAAUGGCGCUCCAUUCGGAAAGUUCAUGAAAGUUUUAAGAGCAUUACUUACUGGACUGGAGGAAGGACCCGCUGUCGCAGAAAUGAUGGCGAUUCUAGGAAGAGAAAAAUCCCUCGCGCGAUUGAAACGCAUUUUGCUCUGAAUUCGCAGCAUUUAUUUCAUUAGUCUAUUCAUAAAUAAUAAAAUACAAUAAUAACUUAAAUAAACAAUUGUUUUACUCUGUA